AUGUCCAACAUUGCAAAGCUCGAGUUUGCAGCACUUGAAGUUAGUGGGAAAAACUAUGUGCCAUGGAUGAUAGAUGUAAAAAUGCAUCUUGAGUCCAUAGGAAUCUCAAAUGCUAUAUAUGAAUUUAAUAAUUCUUUGGCACAAGACAAAGCAAAAACACAAGUUUUCCUUCGUAAGCAUAUUGAUGAAAUGUUAAGAUUUGAAUAUCUUGAUGUUACUGAUCCAAGUAUUCUCUGGAAUCUUUUGAAAGAAAGAUUUGACCAUCAAAAGGAAGUUACACUUCCAAAUGCUAGAGAUGAAUGGAGAAUACUGAGGUUUCAAGACUUCAAAAAAUGUGGACAAGAAGUUACUGAUGAAGAUAUGUUGGGGAAUACUUACUCCACAUAUCAUGUAACAAACAUUACCUUGAUGCAACAAUAUUGGAUGCAAAAGUUCACAAGAUAUUCUAAACUAAAUGCAUGUAUGUUCGUUGCAGAGCAAAACAAUGAACUCUUGAUGAAAAACCAUGAAUCUCAUCCAAUGGGAUCAGUAGCACUUCCUGAAGCAAAUGCUACAAAUAUUGAUGGUCAUCAAAACAAUACACACGGACGAGGGCGUGGUCGUGGUCGAGGACGAGGUCGUGCCUAUUUUAAUCGAAACCAAAGUCAUAAUCAGAACUAUAAUUCUAGUCGUGGACAAGGUAAUAAUCGUGGUUGUAGGCAGAAAAGGAAUACUUACCAAUAUUCACAAAGAAACAAUGUCUACACACAAGAUAAGGCCAAAGUGGCAAAGCAUGACACUGGGACAUCACAAAAAUCUGAUGGUUCAUGUUAUAGAUGUGGUAGCAUAGGCCAUUGGUCAAGGACCUGUCGCACACCUACACAUCUUUGUCAACUUUAUCAAGAUUCCAUUAAAGGAAAAGGAAAAGAAGCAAACCUCAUUGAUAAUGUUGAAUUCACUCUGCUAAAUGUUGCUGAUUUCUGCAAUGACAUGGAAGACAUAAACUAA